UCAGUCAUUGAAGACAGAGAUGGCUAAGCAAAGUUGACCAUUGGACCCUAGACUUCUUGUCAGCCAGAUGAACACACACAAACCAGCCCACAAAGCCAAGGCUAGGCAUCUGUGCUUCCUCUUCCUCAUGUGCUUCCCUUUGGCGUGGGGUGGCGUCCCUGGUCCAUGUCGGCACUCUGUGACCAAGGGUCACCUCCUCAACCUCAACUGCCUGAUUGAUAAUCAGUUGGAGAAUGGCUGGUCAAUAACCUACGUAUUCACUGAGCGCCAGAGUUUGAGUGAAGUCUGUUACAUCAAAGCAGCAUUUCCACAAAUCCUGGAGCUUCUGAACACACACUUCAAGUAUGUCAGGAAAUCGGACAACGGGCGCUAUGUCAAACUCCUGAAAAAGGUCAUAUAUGACCUCUACUCCCAAAACUGCAUACCUGAAAUUAAUGAGGAGAUUGAGGACACCCCAUUGAAGUUUGUCAGAAUGCACAGCACCUCGCCCAGAGAGGCUCUGACGAAAGUCCGGGGGGUCAUUGAGAUGUACAUGGCCCUGAUGGCCAAGAGCAACGGGCCCGUCGACUGGAACUGUGAGGAAGAGUAUGCAGAGGAUUACCAAGAAUCCACCACUGCCCUCCCCACCCCCACCGCAGCUGAACCUGAACCUGAACGCCGGUGUACAUGUCCGACAGUGGGUCCGGUAACCCCUGAUGUCUCCCUGGUGUCCCACAGCGUAUGGAGCAGUCCCCCACAGCCCACCCUCUCCCAACUCACCUCGAUUGUGCCUCCCAGGCCGACUCAUCCAUCCCUGGGUACCAAGGGCGCUGAGCCCCGGGUGUUCCUGGUGAGUUCUGGUACCGUAAGACCCCCCUUCCCCAGGGAGCUGCAGCGCACUGGCCCCGAUGGACGUUCACUUGGAGGGGGCAGAGAGGGUGAUAUACACUGGGACUUUCAUCCACCUUCACCCAAUGGAACUGAGUCAGAUUCGGGACUCUACCAGGCAGUUGCUGACACCCCGUCUGCCACGAAUGAACCUUCCCCGUCUUCCCCUCCUAGUCUGGUUCUCCUGGGGACCGUUGGCUCCCAUGACGAGACAUUUUACUACCCCCAGACUGAGAGGAUAAGGGAGACUUCCACAGCCCGACCAGCAGGGGGAGGAGCAGCAGGCUCACCCCACAGUCACUUCGCUGUUGCUGGGGCCAAGCUGAUCACACCAGUCCCUUUCCUUUACAAGUUGAUUGGCAUCACCCCCAGUAGUGAUGAGAGCACUGCCUAUGUGUUGGCCAAGAGGUCGCUGGAUGCCAGGAAUUAUGGAAUACUUCAGGAUUGGGUUUCAACAGAAACCCCUCAACUAGAGGACACUAGAGAAAAAUACCCAGGCACGGAGAGAUAUUUACAUGACUGGAACCCUCCGAUUGAAAGCACUACGACCGAAGCAUCUCCACGUUUGAAGAUGACAGUGGAGGAGCCAGACAAAAUACACACCACUACAGAGGCACACGACCAAGUCAUGAAGACUGAGCCAAACCAUCCUAGGACAUCCUAUAAGGAAGUAUUCAGCACAGAUAUCCUGUCAGAGAGGACAGCUGCAGACGAUGCUCCUAUUUCAGAAAGGUCCAGUGAAGGCUCAGUGAAGGAAUUCCGGCACGGGAAAACUGGUCAUUCCGAUCUAAGCAUCUCCUACCAGACAGCCUUUAUCAUUGCAGCAGUGUGCAGCGGACCAAUCCUGAUCAUUACCCUAUUCUGUCUCAGUGAGAAGAAGAGACUCCAAGCCCUUAUCCACAGUACCAGCAUAAUUGAAAACCAGAGGGCAUGCAGCAGCAUUGAGGACAUUGAGCUACAAUAUUGUAAAGCCAAGGAUUGAGAGAGCUGGAUUGGUUUAACCUGCCAGUAAGAGAUCAACAACCACGUAAUUCAUCAAACAAGAGAAGACAUGGAAAUUUGGCAACUAUUUACCUCUUGUGAAAGUUUUCCAUUUUUUGUAUAUAAAUAUAAAAAAAAUGUCUAAAGGUACCUAUUUUUAUACAAAUUAAGUUUAUAUUGCUUGAAAGAUUUAACAGAGAAUCAUAUGCUCUCCAAAUUACACAAUAUCGGCAUGCUUCCCUUUUGCUGUCAAAAAGGAUUGAGUGAAUUUAUCUGUUACACACAGCGUUAACUUGACUCUCAAAGACUGUUUGGACAGUUCCAUGCACACCACACACACAUCUUUGAUCUUCCAUGAAAUAGAAUGGACCAAACAAUCCUCCAACUUUUGACCUAGUAGCCAUCAGCGCAACAGUGCAAGUCAACAUUAAACUAAAGGAAGUCUUUCCAUGUGACUGAAAGAGUCUCAUGACAUUGUUCAAUGGAGUUGGGCCCCAUGAGCCAAAGCAAUACAAGGUGUCAUCACCCCAAGUGCACAGAGGAUGUAUUUUUGGAGAUCAAUAGAUUAAAUACAAACAGAUUAAAUACAAACAUAACACCCAUAGUUAUUUGUUUUGAGUGUACUCCCUACAUGCCAUGCAGCAUACUAUAUUAAUUUUACUUCUGAUAUUCUCUUGUUUUAUCCCUACCAAAUGAAGAAAAGGAUUUCAAUAUGUCUCUCAUGCCAUGAUGCCAAUGAAAUUGUGUUAUAAAACGGGUAAUUUGGAUACUGGAUGCUGAUUGGUUGAUAAGAGUUAGUUAUUCACAAUAAUCCAAGACAAAUGCCAGUUCCAUUUUGAUUAUCAUUGUGCAUCAUAAACUUUAUAUCACAGUAAAAAAAAGCAUCUACACAUUAUUUCCCUUUACUUCUAGCCUAUCAUUUGAUUUUCAACAGCGGAGAUGUAAACAUGCUUGUUUUUUGUUGCCUGAAAUGUUUUAGACUAUAGGAUACCUAAUCUUACGCUAUCAAAGUUAGACAAUAUCGGCCUACUUCCCUUUUUAUUGGGAAAAAGGUUUGAGGGAAUUCGUCAGUAAUUAUUGUAUACCAGUGGUCACCAACCUUUUGAGUCAAGAUCACUUUGAGUCAAAAUGCAAGCACAGAUCUACUGCUUGGAUUAUUUUCAACAUAGCUUAAAAAACGUAAGCCUAUGCAACAUUAACCUAUUAAAAACAGUACUGUCGCAGUAAGGUUUGUGUAGUAGGCUAUAGGGCCAAUACAUUAUCACUGCAUAUUGGCUUUGCUUGAAUUGCCUUGCCAAUUAAUUGUUGUUCAGACCAUUUAAAAAAACAAUGUCAAUAUUUGAGGUAGGCUCCAUGAUCACACCAGGUAAUAAAUAUUUUUAUUUUACUGGGCUAUUGGUGCCUGCAUCUGAUGGUCAAUCUCAGCGGAGGGAGAGCUGCAGACUGAGGGUCCACCUCUCAACGUCCCUUCGCUCUCCCUUUCUUCCACUGACCAAAAUGGAACACUGUCUUCCAGCUGAUGGCAAAACUCGAGUCACACUGCAUUAUUCCUGCGUCAUGCAAAAAUGUAUGUUGUUACUCCUAUGAACAGAGAAAGUGAAAUGUUCCUUGAUAUUAAAAUAAGACCAAAGCCGCUAAUAAUAACAAAACAAGCUUAUCAAUACACUUCCCUACUCAUUCAUUAGAGCUCCAGUAUUUGUAGUGCAAGUGUUAAAUUCCCCAGCAAGAAAAUCAAAAAUGGUCGCUCAAACAGAAAGGGGAACUUACAAAAAGUCAUUGACAACAACCAAACAAAACAAGUGAGGUUUUAGGAAGGGUUCGGAAAGACACUCAUGAGGUUGUCCACAGAAAGUUGACUACUGGGACCUAAAAUAAACCCACAAUGAGCACCCACUAAAUUAGCCCAAGAAGAAGCAAAAAACAAAGAAAAUCCACAUGAAAACGUAAAGAGGAACCAACCCAAAAAGCGGAGCAAAACUAAAACGGGGACGAUCAGAUCAAGGCUUGUUUUUCUAGAAAUCAGAAUAGGGAGCGCCAACGAAAGGUGUUGAGCCUCCGUCUCUCUCAAGAACUUUAACAUGAACUCGCUCAUAAAAACAGCAGCUCCUUACAGUAUUCAUUGACAGUCUCUCUCUAGUCAUGGUUUUAAAAUUUUGGAAAUCUCACAGUAUCAACUUCGCUCUAGCUUUUUUUAAUGCCUGCUACAUUACUGCAGAGAAAUCGGAGCAAUCCGAUUGGCCAGCGGUAGGCCUAUAGUGCACUUGAUUUGCUCUCCGGCCCGCCAGGAGGGCGGAUUUGUACCUUCAGACACAUGAAAUGGUUCCACAUUUAAAUCGGAACACCGCCUACAUAAACGUUUGGUGACCGACUAGAAAAGCCUUAGAAAUCAACCAGUCGAUUGCAAUCGCCUGGUUGGUGACCACUGUUACACACAGUGUUAACUUGACUCUCAAAGACUGUUUGGAUUGUGUCAUGCACACCACAUAACUUUGAUCUUCCAUGAAAUAGAGGAUUCUCUGUCACGGAGAAAAUAUUAUAGACGUCAAGAAAGCCAGUCAGUUGAUUAUUGACAAGUUGUUACAACACAGUUAGGAUCAGCUUGAUAUCUCCCUUUAAAUAAAGGACACACCGUGGCUGCCUUCAAAGCAAUACGAACCUCCCCAGAGAGGAGAAACAGGUUAAAAAGGUCAGAGAUAGGCUUGGCGAUGAAAGGGGUAGCAAUGUUAAAUAAGAAAGGGUCUAAACCAUCUGACCCAGAUGGUUUCUUGGGGUCAAGUUUAAGGAGCUCCUUUAUCACCUCGGACUCAGUGAGGAGGGUUUAUUCUCCAGGUCUUUAACCGUUUUCCAGAACUUCUUGGGGAUAGACCCACAGAGAGAGAAUUGCUCCUUAAAGUAACUAACCUGCCGGAUACCCUGAGUGCACUUAUUUCUCAUUUGCCUAAACGAGAGCCAGUCAACCUGAGUGUGUGUGUGUUCCGAGCCUUUCGCCAAAUGGCAUUCUUGAGGUGGAGUAACUCUGCCAGAUCACUGUCGAACUAGGGGCUGAACUUGUUUUUAAUUCUCAUUUUCUUUAUGGGGGUGUGUUUCUUAACAAUACCACUGAAAAAAAAGCCAGGUCAUGAAGGAAGGCUUGCUCAAUAUAGUUUUUUAGCAAGCUUCUAUGACAAAUCAGGACAUGCCAUUUCACUGAGCAGCCGUUACAAACACAGGCAGUAAAACAGUGAUCACUAAAGUUAUUACAGAAAAACAAGACUGAUAUGUCAAGACUGAUAUGUCAAGACUGAUAUGAUUAUUUGUGAGGAUAACAUCAAGGAGAGUAACAUUUUCUUGGUGUUUGGAGUCAUACCUUGUGGGAUUGGUAAUAAUCUGAGAAAGAUUUAGGGAGUCCCAUUGCUUUAGGACUUGUUCAGGUGGUUUAAGCAUGUCCCGGUUUAGGUCACCUAGCAGAACAAAUUCAGUGUUCGUGUAAGGGGCCAUGAGAGAGGUUAGGGCAUUUAGGAUACAGGCCUGUGCUGAUGGUGAACAAUAACUUCCAGCAAAAGUCAACAAAGAGCUACUUGAAAGGUUAAUGCUUAAAACCAGCUAGUCAAAUUUUGGGGGGACAGACUUGCUGGAGACGACCGAGCACUGAAGGUGUUCCUUGGUAAUGAUUGCCACUCUACCACCUUUGGAAGAUCUGUCUUGCCGAAAAAGAUUAUAACCAGAACGAUUAACGUCAGUGUUCAAAACACUAUUUUUUAACUAUGUCUCAGUAAUGACCAACACAUCUGAAUUGGAGCUGUGAACCCACACUUUCAAUUGAUCCAUUUUAGGUAAUAAGCUUCUAGUGUUAACGUGCAGAAAACCCAGGCUUUUAUGAGAGAAGAAAUCAGUAAAUCAGAUAUCAGAGCACAAGUGAGAAUAGGGGCCAGCAACAGUAGAUGGGCCAGGGUGUACAUGCACAUUUCCAGAUAUCAUCAGCAGUAAUACAAUCAGGGCAUGGCAGAGGAUAGGGAGAGUUCGGGGUGUUGAUUUAUGACAUUUGAAUGUUUAUUAGAUGGCAACAAGACCAUAUUGUACAGCAAUUUCAUCAGGUAAGAUGAAUACAAAGCUGGCGAGAGGUGGUUAGAACAGGAUAGGUGGCCAAAAAUAAAGCACAAUAAAAUAAAAAAUAGUCAGUGUGCUGGAGGUGAGCGAAAGCUUGGGCGAGAGGGGGGAGAGGGGGGAGUGUGGCGAGGGUUACUGUACCAGUCAGGGGGAGACAGGCCAGGGCAGACGGUGAAUAGAUCACCAGGUGGAAUCCAAGCAGCGGUGCAGCAGGCAAUGGGAGUAAGUGUCACACCCACCUGUAAAAAUAUUUUUUUCGGGAGGCAGAUUCCUUGUAGAAAAUCCAAGCUAGCUAGCUAACGUAGCUAGCAGGUCUUGGUCCACCAUUUUUUUCCACGUUGAAAAGGAAGUCAUUACCUAGCUUUAGCUUUUCAGUUUCAGCCAUUCUCUUCACUUAACCCUUGUGUGGAGUUCCUGUUUUUGUUAUUCACCCAAUGUUCGCAGGUCUGAUGGACCCAUGACAUUAUUGGGUUUUUAAAACAAUACAGCCAUAACAAUUUACGUAAAAAUACCUAAUACUGUGAUGUUGACUAAUAUCAAUGGUUAAUAUUUUCAAUUUAUAUGUGAUUUUUGUAAACAACAGUCAAUUAUAAUCAAGCCAUUGUUGGAAUGAAUCAUGUUUAUCUUGAACAAAUAUAAAUGAAACAAGGUUUUCAUCACUAUUGAUGUUUAUUGUUUCGAUCUGAACAAAUUGAAAGGAGUAAUUUAACAAACAGUAUUUUAUGGAAAUUACAAAUGAUCCCCAUUGAACACAAAUUAUGGACGGUCCACACACCACAUGAGGGACAGAGUUUUACUGUGUGUGUGUUGCAAAUGUAUUUCUUAGACUUUAUGCAUGUGCACUGUGUCUUCCUGUCCUUCUUGGGCCCACACACAUCGCAGCGCUUCUUCUUGUUCUUGUUCUUCUUCUUGUUGCUUCCGGCUACAAUCUAGAGUGAUGUAAACACUUAGUUCAGGAAUUUUACUAACAUCUCACUCACAUAUAUAGUUACAGCAGGCCAAGGUAGGAGAGUCAGACACACACAAAUGCAACAUCACUCACACAUACUUCCGGUAUUGGAGUUGUUUGUUCUGUGGGUCGGACGGAUUGGGCACCAGCAUCCUCCUCCUGAAUCCUCCUCACGAUGGCUGCAGAAGCUGGGAUCCUUGGGAUAUGUUGCCUCCUCUGGAUUUCUGGUCUUACCGAUGCCUUGCCCAGCUCCUCGAGAAAGAGCCGUCUCCACCGGAGCUUCCCUCUGUUAAAAUCUGGGCUCAACGCGUUGACAAACGCGUUGUAGUGUGAGAUGUCCAAGAUGUUGAAGAAUAUGACAAGUGGCCAGCGUAGGGUUCUUCUUUUGCAGCUGUAGCCAGUCACCAGCUUGUAUAAGUUGUCCUCCCCUCCAUUUGUAGCAUUGAAAUCAAUUAUGAUUUCUGUUUUUUAAUGUUCCUGGUCACAGAUUCUCCCAUCCCUAUGCAGCGUCCUCAUCAGGACCACAUUUUUGCCUUUCUUUGGCACGUGGGACACAUGGGACGUGUUGGUCGUGGACACAAACUUAGAGGAAUUGAUAGGCCUGUUCUGUGUAUUCAGCAGCUGAAGUGGGAACUCUGGCUUGUUUCUUUUAUACUGUUCCUACCAUCAUCAGCUUCCUCUUGAGGAGCUCCUGCCCCGGUUGUGUGAAGUAAAAGUUAUUUCAUGUGAUGUUGUGGCCAUGGAGUCCCUGUCUCAUGUCGAGGACAACCCGCAUCCCUUGGUUUUUCUCAGGGGCUCCUCCUUCUGGCUUCCCUGUAUACACUUGCAAGAUCCGAGCUGAUGAAGCAGCAUCACAGGCAACCCAGAUCUUGAUUCCAUAUUUGUGGGUUUAGACGGUAUAUACUGCCUGAAGGGCCAACAUUGAGCCCAGGGUGGUAAAACAGGGGAGGCUGGUCCACGAACUUGUCCCACACUGACCUGAUUGCAGCUAGCUUGUCUCUCUGCCGCCGAGCGGGUCUGGUGUCUCGGUUAUCGAAGUAGAUCAUCCUGGAAAUAAUGUGGAGGUUUUCCAGAGACAUUGUUGCACUGAAAAGUUCUCUGCCAGUUUCUGCAUCCCACAGGAAUCUGUGGAUUCCCCAUUGGAUCUGAACACACCAGCAAGGUUAAGAAUCCCACAGUAUGCAUUUAAACGAGUUUGGUCAAUCUCCUUCCAUCUCUCUCCAAAAACACACCUUCCCUCCAAAUUAGUGCAGUCCAGAUUUUCUGGAUGGUGUCUGGGAUGAACAGUUCAAAAUUAGACUUAUAUCCUGCGCAUAAGUAACCGCCAUCAGCGUCGGCCCUGGUAUCAUUCUCAUCACAUUGGCAGGCAUGUCGGGUGGCUCAUUCCAUGGGCAAGAAGACUAUUCAAUAUCACAAUUUCUGGACAUCCAUAUUUCUCCUCCUGCAGGCUGCUGAUGAGCUGGUUGCUGAUGGACUGGUCCUGGGGCUGGCUAAGGGUCAAUCUUGUCCUCCUGAACCCCAUAUUCGGGAAAAUUCUUCAUCUUCCAAAGUGGAAGAUGCUCUUUCCACUAGCUUCUCUCUCUUUCUAAGGCCCUCUGAGCAGAGAUUAUUUUUGCCAAAUUGAUUGAUUGUGGUUAGGAGCCACACAUGCAAAGCUAUUUUUUAAAUGUUUUUUAACAAUGUAUCGAAAUAACAUUGUGCCUCAUCGCGCAAGACAUUGUGUAGUUUCACAGACUACAAAGGGUAAAGAGUGUGAGAAAAGCAGGAGACAGGCAGGUUAUUGGUGCAUGUUGAAACAGAAGGCCCAGGGAGGAGGAAGACAGAGUGAAGGCACACGUUUUUACUUGUUUUCAGAUGUACACAGACUUUUCCACACUUUUAUUACCCUUGGACACGAACACCACAUGUGUAAUAAAAAGGUGUAGGGAGGUGCACAGUGUGUACUCAAUUAAAAUGUGUUAUAUUGCAUGUUCUUCACAGAAAAUGAGUCAAGGCCAAUGAGUCUCAAGUUGAACAAAUAAUUAAUUGUAUAAUUUUUCUGUUUGUAAACAGGAAAAUGGGUCCCUCAGACCCAAACACCACACAAGGGUUAAGUGCAAUUACUUUUGAUACUUAAGUAUAUUUAAAACCAAAUACUCUUAGACUCUUUAAUCACGUUGUAUUUUACUGGGUGACUUUCACUUGAGUCAUUUACUAUUAAGGUAUCUUUACUUUUUCUCUAGUAUGACAAUUGGGUACUUUUUCCACCACUGCAGUACAUUAAUACAGUUCACACUCAAAAACAUUAGCCUACUGGAGUUAGUUUCUUGUAUUUACCCAAGUGAGCAUGUAGCUAGUUACACCUAUGGGCUUUUAAAUUGUUCUGUUGUGUGCAAUGUGCAGUAGCCUAGAUCAUAUAUAGAUCAUGUAUUGGAUAACGCCACAAUCUUUUGGGCUUGGGCUCAUUAAAUGUCUUUAUUGUAAGGCUCAUAAAAUGUAUUUCAUGUAUGGCUGAUCAGCCUCAGGUAGCAUCCGGCUUUUUGAUCAAAGCUCUAAUCAAAUCCAGACACAGGCCUAUUUAUACGCGUUAUAAUUCUUUUGAAUGACCCUUCGGGUUUUGGUAGGAAAUACCGUGUUGUCCGGAAAAAAAUAAAUGUAUUCUCUGGAUGGAACAUUUGUAAAAUGUUGGCUGAUGCCAAUGAAAAUAUAUGCUAUAAAAUGGGUAAUUUGGAUAUUGGAUGCUGAUUGGUUGAUAUGCGUUAUUCACGGAUUAUCCACUUUAAUUAUUAAGCAUUUUAAUUAUCACUGUGCAACCACUGUCCCACAGUCCAGUCAGGCAAUUCAUAAACUUUAUCUCCACUAAUAAACAUUUCCUAUGACUUCUAGCCUUUCAUUUGAUUUUCAAAAGCGGGGGUUUGUAUAAGCCUUGCUGUCUGCCUCUCCAAUCUGUGCAACAAUGUUGCAAUAGUAGAGCCGUCAAAAUGAGGAGUGUUGUACAAAACAAUACCAUCACUGAUUGGAUCAUCUCUAACCAAUCAGAGUAUCAAAUGCUGCUUUACCCAAGUGUUCUGGCUCUGGCCCAACCCAUCAGUUUCUGGGACCAAUCAGAACGGUUAGAAUGUGUUUGCGUUCUAGAAAUCGUCAGGGAGGUACUCAGAUCUAGCCUCAUUGCAGAGAAGAAACAUAUUGUCCGUGGGUGUGGCAUAGCGUUCGGCCAGAGCAAGGAGUUUGGGUAGCAAGCCAACCUUAGCCAUGGUUUAUUCACAAUAAUCCACUGGUUCUCAUGCAUUAUUGCUUAAAUAACCUCCUCUGUCAGUUUGUAUACUUCUGUUUGUGAAGUAAGGGAAUACAUUUUAAGUUCUGAUAAUUGAUGACUGUGUUGAGAAACGUUUACUAGCAUUGGGCUUACACACUUAAAUAGAAACUGCAAUUCGAUUUUCAGCAUGUUACCUAAAUUCUGAAAUGUUUCCAUAUAACCUGUAAUAAGUGCAAUUGAACACCAUUGCAGUAAUAACCCAUGUGUUUCACCAUCGGAUUAUCUUUUAUUUCUGAAAAAUGUGAUCAUUACACAAUGUAUUAGAUAAUGUUAAUCCACACUAUCAUGUAUGUAUUAGAUAAUGGUAAAUCCCAAGAUCAUGUAUGUAUUAGUAUUAUAUAAUGGUAAGCCCCUGGAUCAUAUAUGUACUACUUUAAUUCUGUAUAAAAUCAUAGUAAUAAUAAUAAAAAAUGAUUGUUAAGAUUGA